AAUAUGCUAGAGCCAGUCAACUGGGAACAUGUAUCAUUCAAUGAGCUGGACAUGCUUCUUCGUGUCAGCUGCUUCUCUGAUGAAUUGGUGAUUGACAAGGAACUGAGCAGCCGUUUAACCCCUUUGUGUUUAGCUUGCAAAUACAACAGAGAGGAUCUUGUGACAGUUCUGCUGCAUCACAAUGCCCAGGUUAACAAAUGCUCCUCAUUCUACAACAAGCAACCUCUUCAUUUUGCAUGCAGCCACAAUAAAGGAAAUACAGGAAUCGUUCGAAAGAUCAUAGAAGCUGAGGCAAAUUUAAAUGCACCUGUAAGUUUGCAAGUAAAACAGAUAUGACUGUUUAAUGACUAAUUGAUUAAUGACUAAACAGAAUUUUAUCAAGUUCAUUGCAAAAUAACACAUAUUAUUUUCAAUUCAAUCAGUACAUGUUCACGCUUAAUCGUGUAUUUUGUGACUAUCAGUACAAAAUUGUCUAAUUAUUAUCCUUAAAAUUAUUUUAACAUCAAGUUUCUAAUAAAUAAUGGGUCAGUAAGUUGUAAAAGGUUACAUUUUAUCUUGCGUGUAUUGACUUUUUUCUUUGUCCAUUCUUUGUAAUCACAGGAUAGUGAUGGCAACACAUGCUUGCACAUUGCGUGUGCAGAAGGUAAUAUUCCAGUUGUGGAGCUCCUCAUUAAACAUGGGGCCAGCGUCAAUAGCACAGAUAUGGUUGGGGACACUCCUUUAGUGAGAGCAUGCUAUGCUCAGAGUACAAGGCUUGUUGACAUCCUGGUGAGGGCAGGCUGUGAUGCUAAUGUGCCGGAGGGGCUACCCCUGGAGAUUGCUAUACGAGCCUCAUCUGUAGAAACUUUGAAGUUACUUAUUGAAGGUGGAGCCAGUGUUCAUGUAGGAGCGUACCUAAGUCAUGCCAGUGAAUGUGGUGACAUUGAAUCUAUGAAGGUAUUCUAAGAGCUAAUGCUUCUCUCCCAUUUUUUAAAAUUUAAUAUUUUUAUUUACAAAAAUUGUAGAAGCAUAAAGAAUAUGAAUGUCUUGGCUAUGCUUUUACUUUGUUCAUUUUAAUGGAUGGAAAAAAUGUAAAAUAUUAACUCUAAUCAAAAUAGAAAUAAAAAAAAAUGGAAUGAGUAGGCAAGUCAUAGGAACUCUCGGCUGUUAUCAUUAUAUUUACUAUGUGUAAAGGCUCCUGAUAAAUGUAUUGGGGGUCCUUUCCCAGUUUUUGCUGAAAACGUAAGGCUAAGGGGAAAACACCUCAUUCUUUGUAUUGUAAGAUACAUUUUUUUCCCUACCAGAUCCUAAACAGCUACGGCGCUGAUGUGAAUAAAACAAACACAUUAGGCAUGAGCCCACUACAAAUUGCUUGUUUCUCCCACCAAUCUCGACCUGAUGCUGUCCAACUUCUCCUGCAAUGGGGGGCUGACGUCCAUGCCUGCUCAAAGAUGAAGGAAACUGCCCUGCACUAUGCAUGCAACAUACAAGAUGUUGAAAAGAUCAGACUUCUGCUGGCUUACGGCGCUGACGUGAACGCUCAAGAUACUCUUAGGUUCUCACCUUUAAUGAUGGCCAUGAAAGGCUUUUCCUUACACCCGCUGAAGUCGCAGACAAAUCUCGGGAUAAGUUUGGUUCGACUUCUCCUUGCUGCGGGGGCGAGGCUCCAGCAAGACAAUUUAGGUAGACUGAAAUCCACCAUACUUUUUGUGCCUGAUGCAGCAGAAAAGAAACAGGAAUUGUUUGACCUGCUGUACUGUCAAGUCUCACAACCGUCUGAGCUUCAAGCUUUGUGCCGGGUGAAAAUUCGGAAGUCUGUACAGCCGAACAUAGACAAAAAUGUAGAAAUUUUACCCCUGCCCCCGCAGCUGAUUCGUUAUCUAAAAUUUUUUGAUGUGAUAGAAGAUUUUAUUCUUAUAGAAUGAGCAAACAGUAGAAUAAAGUAAUUGCAUCAGCAGACCACGCCCUUCCUAAACUAAGGAAAGUAUUUGUUAACUUAGCUGAAAUGUGUCCGUUCUUAAGGCUUGCGUAAUUAAGGAUUUACACACAGUGGAAUAUGCAACUGGGGCAGGAAGAGUAUGAUGUUUUAAGCAAGCUUAAGAUGUGUUCAGAGUGGGGGGGCAGGGGGUCUUAGAGUGUUGCGUAUCAUUUUAAAAAAUGCAGAAAAUUGUGUUAAAACUUUUCACCACUUGAAACUGUUACAGUUCAAGUAACACAUUGCAUUCACAAAGCAGUAAUGGAGCACUUACCCAGUAGUAAGACUUUUAUAAAACAGCUGUAGGGUUUCAUCGCAGAGUACCCAACUGAAUGUAUGAGUAUCAGAGCAGAAACUCAAAUACCUUGACUUUCAGUUAUUCCAUUCUCAUUUUGUGACUCGGCAAAGUACAUCUCCAAGAGAGGGAAACGUCAUCACAAGACAUUUGUUCAGAGUUAAUGGGCCAGCUAAAGUGUCUUUGGUUGGUUGAAAAGGAGACAUAGCAAAAAUCAUGACACAAAACUGAUUUUUAUUUAGGAUCAAAUAUUCCAUACAUAAAAAUGAAUAUUUUUUUAUUUAGCUGUUGAUUUUGUAUUAUUAUUUUUUAUUAGGUUUAGUGUGUAGUGUGAUGUAAUUGAUUAUCUGAAAUUAUGACAAACA